AUGUCCGAGCUCGCCGCGGGCGACACCGUGCUCUCCGACGCGGACACCGCCGCGCGCGUCGUCGUCAACCAGCACAAGGUCGAGGACGGCAAGGCCUCGCUCCUCAUCACGCUCACGCACGCGCGCGGCUCGCUCGCGCUCACGCCCGACCACGUGCUCGAGCUCGACGGCAAGUUCAUGCCUGCGCGCGAGGCGCACGUCGGCGCGGCCCUCUCCAACGGCGCGGUCAUCGAGGCCAUCUCGCACUCGCGCGGCGGCAUCAUCAACCCCAUCACCGCCACCGGCAAGAUCCUCGCGGCGGCCGCCACCGGCGAGCCCGUGGUCGCGGCGACGGGCAACGAGUGGCUCGCCGACGUGAUGCUCUCGGCCUACCCGAAGUACACCCUCUCGUACACGCUCGCGGCCGCCUUCCCCGCCGCGGUGCAGGCCUACUACGACGGCGCGCUCGAGCCGCUCUUCACCGCGGCCGUCCCGCACCUCACCAAGAUCAAGGCCGCCGCGCCGGCGCCGCUCGUCGGCGUCAUUCUCGUGGCGGGCGACGCGGCGCUCGCCACCGGCUUCGCCGCCUACUCGCUCGGCCUCAAGGGCGUCGCCACCCUCGCCGUGAUCGCCGUGGCGGCCGCGCGCAAGGGCAAGAAGCCCCCCCGCAUACGCGCGCUUUCGUCUUCCAACAUCAAGGUGUUCGAGCCGCUCUCCUCGCUCGAGCUCGCCGCCGCUGUCGCCGUCACGGCCGCCGCAACCCUCGGCGCGCGCAAGCUCGCGGCAGGGCGCAAGUGA